AUGACGGCUCUUUUCAGGGAAUUCGGUGAGUUGGUGAAGAAGUUACGGUGCAAGAACGAUAAAAGUGAUGAAUACGAGCUAUUGACUGAUGACAGCAAUGAUGGCAAGAAGGAACGUCUUCGUCGUGGGUUCUUCCCAGUUUACGUGGGGGAAGAGCGCAAGAAAUUUUGGGUACCAGUUUCAAAAUCUUCAACGUUAAAGUGCAUACUCGAUCACUAUGUAGAAGAAUACAAUCCUUCGGAGCCCAUAUCGAUGCCUCGUAUCACCCCUGAGAUGUUCAAUUGUCUUCUUGAAUACACUUAA